AUGUCUUCAAAAGCAAGAGACAUACUCAACUCAAUCAUAUAUUGGGUAAUAAGACUUUUUGCAAAACUAAUAUUUCACGUAUUCUAUCGAGACCAUGGUGCAUUAUACCCAGAACGUUUUCCAAAAGACGAUGGCACACCUGUACUGUUAGUAGCUGCCCCGCACGGAAACUUUUUAAUGGACGCAAUAACCAUUUUUGUCACUUGUCCCAGGAACCACUACUUUUUGAGUGCAAAGUCAAAUUUCAGUUAUCCGAUAUUUGGUUGGUUAAUUACGUUGUUGGGUGCUAUUCCGGUUACUAGGCCACAAGAUGUGGAAAGAAUUAACGGUGACGGGUUGAUUAAAGUGCUGGAAGAAGGGAAAAUUGUCGAGGGUGAGAAUUUGGGAAAGACCGUGCAAGUUGGUGAUUCCUUGUAUGUGGAAUUUGAAGGUCCUGAUGAUAAUGAUGAUAUGUUGAAGGAAGCUUGUGGUACUGUGGAAGAGAUUAUCAAUGAACAUAGGGUUCGUAUUAAAGAACCUGGGAUGAAAUGGUUGACAAAAGGAAGACGAAAGAAUAAAUUGAAACGUUUAGUGGCGUAUGGAAGUUUGGUUGUACGUGUUGAACGGGGAAAUACACUAAAAACACUUGAAGGUUUAAGCUUAAUUCCAAAAGUAGUUAGUAAAGGAAUUGAUCGAUUAUCAACAUCUCCUGGUAGAAUAGCAUUUCCAAUUCAAGAGUCUUCCGAUUUCAUUGGUGUACAAUCUCCACCUAAAUGGUUAGUUGCCAAUGAAAGAACUCCGUUAAUGAUGGGAAGUGGUGGAAUUGGAGCUGGUAGUAGCAGCAGCAGUAGUCAAAGAUCACAACAUGCCCGUCAACUCUCCAAUAGUAGCACUAUUAGUAAUAGACAACCACCAAUACCGAAUUUUCCAUCUGUUCCCAGUAUUCCGACAACAUUUUCUUACACUCAUAUGCCUCCUCAUUCUGAAGUAUACUCUGCAGUCUAUAACAUAUUUUCGAGAUCACGUUGUGUUGCCAUUUUUCCCGAGGGAACAUCGCACGACAAUGAUCACAUGCUGUCGUUGAAAUACGGAUGUGCUGUGAUGGCAUUGGGCUAUUUGGCUUCAAAAGAACCGGAUUCUUUUGGAAAUAAGAGAACCUUGAAAAUUGUCCCGUGCGGUGUGAAUUUUUUUAAUCGUCAUCGAUUCAGAAGUCGUGUUUUUGUUGAUGUGGGAAAUACAAUCGAGGUAGAAGAGAGAUUGGUAGAAAUGUAUAGGCAAGGUGCUUGUCAAGAAUUACUGAAAACAAUUCACUCUUCUUUGUUGGAAAUAACGGUGAAUGCACCAGAUUACGAUACAUUAUUAUUUUUCAAAACAGCUUCGAGAAUGUAUCGAGAUAAAUUAUCUAAUCUUUUGGAUUUCGCUGAAAAAUUAGCACUAUUACGUAGAAUAGCUAAAAAAUAUUCAUCAACUACACCUCCUACCGAUGAAGCUCGACGAUUAAAACGAGACAUUGUAUCGUAUGCACAAACUCUUCGUUCGAAACGACUUUCCCCGCCACACAUGCACACUUCACCUUUCUCUCUAUUCUUUUUCCUGCCAUUAUUCUUAUUCCUCUUUAUAUUAAUGACUCCUGGCUUCAUAUUCUUCUCUCCGAUUGGAUUCGUUGCAUACUACGUCGGCAAAAAACAAGGCGAAAAUGCCAUGUUAUACGACGAUAAUUCACUAGCAAUCACACGAUGGCCAGGUCGAGAUGUAAUAGCCACGUGGAAAAUGUUAGUCGGCACUGCACUUUUUGUCACUUUCGACAUCACGUACACCGCUCUCACUGUCCACUACAUCCAUAAACAUGGAGUAUUUGAUUUACACGGAUCACGAGAAUAUGCACUUGCUGUUGUGCUUUGUUUCUUUGUAGUUUGGCCGUUGAUUGCCUACGGAACAAUUUUGACUUGGGAGCGAAUGUGUUGGGUUGGUAAGCAUGUUUGGGUCGGGCUUUGGGGUGUUGCUAGGCCAAGACAACGACGUGAUUUCUUGCUGUGGCGUGAACAAUUAUCGCAAAGAGUUGUGAGAUGGGUUGAUGGUACUACUGUUGCACCUUGA